GAUUGUAUUUUAUUUUGUAGGAGCCGUGUCUUAUUUUGAAGGAGCGUGUCAGGUGCAUCAUGGCUCCGCGGAGGAUGGAAACCAAGCCGGUGAUCUUCUGUCUGAAGACGCUGCUGCUGCUCUACUGCCUCGUCUUCUGGGUGACAGGUGUGGUGCUGCUGUCGGUGGGGUUGUGGUGGAGCUUCAUGUUGGGUCCGUACGCGCUGCUGAUCUCCAGCGGCCAAUCAAACGCUCCGUACGUCCUCAGCGCCACCGGCGGCGCCAUCGUGCUGUUCGGGCUGUUUGGCUGCUUCGCCGCCUGCAGGGGGCGCGUCUGGAUGCUGAGGCUGGUCAGUCUCUGUGUGUGUGUGGUCU